UCAGUGCGCUCAGAAUCUCACACAUAGGAGGACGGGACGGGGAUGCGACCGGGAGCAGCUUCCACAGCUCGGUUUCGGACAGGGGAUCAAGUGCACCGGUCGAGUUCGUCAGUUUUCUCGAGUUAUGGCACAUAAUAGUGAAUUUAAAUUGAGCUCCUAGAUGUUCGGUCCACUUUGGGGUAGUUUAUUUAAUUUCCGUGGAUUGGUGUUAAUUUUAUCGCGCACGCAUGGCUCGUAACGGCAGCGGGGAUUCCUGAGGCCGGACCUGGACAGAAUUGUACCGACCCGUCAGUAUGUCCAGCUGGAGUGUGAAGGUCCACCGGGCUUAUGGGAUAUAGCCCGUCCUGUCAGCAUCUUUACGCGCUCUCCGUCAGUCCCGGGAAGAAGAAACUCGGGCUCUUCUUCAUCAUGCUGCUCCUCUGGGUCUACAUGCUGUACUCCUGCGUGGGCUACUGUGCCACCAUGCCGUCAACUUUAGUCGCGGACAGUAUUAACCGAGCGAGGGACACGGAGUUCGUCGCAGAGGACCCGGUGAUGUCCAAACUGGUGUCCAGACCGCAGAGCUCGUGGACGGACUUGGAGUCUGAUUAUGAUGAGCCUAUCGUCAGGAGGGCUCCCAGAGGUUUCUCUAAAAAUGAAGUGGAGCUGGAACGAGCCGAGUGGGAUCAGAAAGUGUCUCCGCUCUCGAGUUUCUCCAACGGCUCGGGCAGUAAGAAGCUGCCUCAGGCGAUCAUCAUCGGCGUGAAGAAGGGCGGCACGCGCGCGCUGCUGGAGUUUCUGCGCGUGCAUCCUGAUAUCCGAGCGGUCGGAGCGGAGCCGCACUUUUUCGACCGUAACUAUGACAACGGACUGGACUGGUACAGGGACCUGAUGCCUAAGACCCUGGAGGGCCAGAUCACCAUGGAGAAAACCCCAAGCUACUUUGUGACGCGUGAAGCUCCUUCCCGGAUCUAUGCCAUGUCCCGCGACACUAAGGUGAUCGUGGUGGUCAGGGACCCCGUCACACGAGCCAUCUCCGACUACACACAGACAUUGUCCAAGAAACCCGACAUUCCCACUUUUGAGAGCCUGACGUUUAAAAACAGGACUACAGGGUUGAUUGACACCUCGUGGAGCGCCAUUCAGAUCGGCAUCUACGCCAAGCACCUGGACAACUGGCUGCAGUUUUUCCCAAUGCGUCAGAUUCUGUUCGUGAGCGGAGAGCGUCUGAUCACCGAUCCGGCCGGAGAGCUGGGCCGUGUGCAGGACUUCCUGGGCCUAAAAAGAAUCAUCACAGACAAACACUUUUACUUCAAUCAGACCAAGGGCUUCCCUUGUCUUAAGAAAGCCGAGGGCAGCAGCAAACCCCAUUGCCUGGGCAAAACCAAAGGGCGGACCCACCCAAACAUUGACCCUGAGGUGGUGCAAAGACUUAGAGACUUUUACAGGCCUUUUAACAUGAAGUUCUACCAGAUGACUGGGCAUAAUUUUGGUUGGGAUUAACGGUGAAUGGAGGACAUGUCAUUAUUAUUAUUUUUUCAUUUUCUGUGUAUUUGAAAUGGCAAAAAGACAUUGAGAUAAUUGCUAUAUAUAUGUAAAAUGUACAGAAAUCUAUUUUAUAAUAAUUUAUUUUUAAUUUCUAAGCAAUUAAUUCACUAAGCUGCCUAACCAUUUUGUACAUAACAUCCUGCCCUUGAGUUUCACGACACUUUCCAUUCGCUGUGGUUAUUUCCAUACACAUUGAAUAAUGGUGCUUCCAAAUUCUGAACUCGAAAAUGGUUUGACAAACUGUUUGUUACGGGUAAAGUGCAUUUACAAACCAAUAGCAACAGACAUCCACAAUUUAUUCAAUUCUGAAUGUCUACUAAAAUGUACCAGGCACGGACUGUAUUUCACUUUAAAGCUUGUUCUCUUGAUUGCAUUUCAUGUUUCAUUACACUCCAUAUUGGCACUAAGUUAAGCAAGAGAGCUGAUCCAAUGUCCGUCUUCAUUCGAUAACACGGGAAUCAAUAUCUCUAAUUGCUACCUACAGUAUCACUCAUGUUUAGAGUUGACCGCCGGUUCCUGUAAUGAAUGGCCAAUCUAUUGAUGGCUAAAUAGUAUCUCUGACAACAGCGAGGCGACAUGUCGACAUUAUGCUAAUCGUGUAACUCAUCCGAAUGGAUCGAUUAGGUUUCUCCAGCUUUAUGGCCUUGGCUCGGGCUACUUCCCUGUCUGAAAGGUUCAAAGGUCAAGUAAAGUCUCAGUAACAUUUCAAAGCCGUUUGAAGGAGCCAAGCCUCAUCCUCAUCUUUAAAGCUUUACUCUGCUAUGAGUUGGUUUCUCUAUUGACUCGUACUAGAAAAAUAAAACCAUUAAUGUUGAGGUUCA